GCCUUUCGGAGAGUUUAAUGCCAGUUAUACUGAUUACCUGCCGGAUCGUAGUGGGGAAUUGUUUAGCUCUCGAUGGGUGGCUGGUUUUGACAUAAACGAGUCUGAAGAUGCAGGAAUCGUGGGUGAGAUAACUAUAUAUCUUCCUGAUGAAAUAACUGACAUUCCCAUAAUAAAUGGUGUGA